GUGACGUUACCGUGGCAGCAACGCCAACAAAGAUCGUUUAUUACAAGCAGAUCGACAAGACGAUCUCUGCCAGGUGGAGAGGAACAGAGAGGAAGACCUGUGAAGCCUAUAUUAAAAAAAUAAACGGAUAUAUGAGAUGGAGAAGUCUUCCAGUGUCCAGCACAGUCAUCCUCCAAAAUCCAGAGUGACACCCAGGAAGGAGAGGGAGAAGGGAGCCGUGUUGCCUCCCAAAAGUCACCGACAGAGGCCAUCGAAGACGGGACGUGUCCCCCAGGCAUCGUCUGUGAGGCUGCAGAGGGAGAAGCCAGAGACAAGCGAGGCAACGAUGGAGCAGGAGACAGAGGUGAAGGUGAAAUCCUCCACUGUGGUGGACAUAGACAGCGUGAGGGAAGAUGAGGUCAAGGAGGAGAACCUGGGUCUCCUGGAGGCAGCAGAGCAGGAUGACGGUCUGAAGCGCAAGAACCUGGGGGUGUGUGAGUGGCUGCUGAUGGUCUUCGUCUUGGCUCUGGUUCUUCUCUUCCUCCCUCUUUCCAUCUGGUUCUGUGUCAAAGUGGUGAGGGAGCAUGAGAGAGCUGUGAUCUUCAGACUGGGUCACCUACUGCGUGGAAGACCCAGAGGACCAGGCCUUCUUUUCUACCUCCCGGUCCUUGAUGUGUGUCACAAGGUCGACAUCCGACUGCAAAUGCUGAAAGUUCCUCUUCACACGGUGGUUACAAAGGACUUGGUGAGGCCGGAGCUGAGUGCAGUGUGCUAUUACCAGAUAGAGAACGUGGCUUUGUGCAGCGCAGCUCUAUCCAGUGUGACCACGGUGCUGCAGGCUCUGGUCCAGGCAGUCGUCCGAGACAUUCUCGCCCAGCACACAUUCAGCCACAUCCUGCUGCACAGGAGCAAGAUCGGACAGAAAAUACAAGCAGCUGUUGACUCUGUCGCUUGCCGCUGGGGCAUCAGGGUGGAGAGAGCAGACAUAGACGAGCUCAGUUUUCCUCUGGAGUUACGGCAGAGUCUGGCUGCAGAGGCCCAGGCCCAGAGACAGCAGCAGGUCAGCAGAGCAAAAGCAGCAGAAGAGGAGAGAGAUGCCUGGGAGGGGUUCAGGGCUUCCCUACGUCUCCUCCACCCUGCCCUGGUCCUUCCGCUGCCCCCAGAUCUCCUCAACGUGACCUCUAACCUCUCAUCCUUACCACCCCCUCCUCCCCCAGCUGUGGAGGGAGACGGAGGCAUGACUGAAGAAGAUCCAGAGACAGACUCGCCGAUGAUGUGACAGACUGUUUUGAAAUGACAUGUAGUUGUUGUUGAAAGUAAACUGUCAUAGUUAAUUAUUAUUGAACACACAAUGAGAGGGUAAGUCCACAAUUAUCAGGUUCAUGUGAUUCAGAUUAUGUUAAAGAAAAUGAACUUGAGGCCAAUUUGUUUUGUUUAUUUAAGAAAGGUGAAGGAUAAAAGUAACUUGUUUCCUUACAAACAUUAUUACGAUUGUGAAUUAAUUAUUUCACUAAUUUUGUUGGGUCCAAAAUGAUUGUUUUGUUCAGUCUGUGUCAGAAUACGGACAGUUGGCUUCAGCUUAACAAGGUUUGUCUGUCACUCUUGCGAUCAAGAGUAUUCGUAGUUGCCAGUUGGGAAAAAAUGGUUGAGUUCUACAAUCUGUUCCCAGCAUACUGUAGUGCCCUCACGUUAGCACAAGGAACUUUAACAUUAGCUAAUGUUUGCAACAUUAACAUUUGCAACAAACAGAUGAUUUGAACAACAGACUUGAAUAAAGGGGGGGGGCUUGCUUUGGAAUCACACUGGUGUAAAUUGUACUGGAGGGUCUAUACGUAAACUAGGUUUGUGUAAUUUUUGUUGAAUAUAAAUGUCAAUAAAAGCCUGACUUUUUUAAA